GCCGGUACCUUUUGCCCAGGUCUUCAGCCUACUGGACCAGAGGACAAGUCGUCAUGAAGCUGCUGCCCCAUAUUCUGUUGAUGUGCCUGGCUCUUGCUCUGGCAUGGGCCCAGGAUAAACACCAAGGCCAGCAUGGACGCCCAGACCAACAUGUACGCCCAGGCCAACACGGAGACCAGCACCAUGCAGCUGUCCUCGACCGCUGCAAGGGCCUUGAAAUGGACGCAGUCGCAGAAAACGAGGAGGGGAUUCCCUACUUUUUCAAAGGCGACCACUUGUUCAAGGGCUUCCAUGGGAAGGCCGAGCUGUCAAACAAGUCUUUCGCUGAGUUGGACGACCACCACCAUCUGGGCCAUGUAGACGCUGCCUUCCGCAUGCACUUUGAGGACGAUCCCACACACCACAACCACAUGUUCUUCUUCCUGGACAACAAGGUGUUCAGAUAUUUCCAGCACAAGCUGGUGGUCGGCUACCCCAAGGACAUCUCCGAGGUCUUCCCUGGAAUCCCGAACCACCUGGAUGCGGCCGUGGAGUGCCCCAAGUCAGAGUGUGGCAAAGACUCUGUGAUCUUCUUCAAGGGCGACGAGAUCUUCCACUUUAACGUGAAAACCAAGGCUGUGGAGAAGAAAGAGUUUGAGUCCAUGCCGAACUGCACGUCGGCCUUCCGCUUCACGGAGCACUACUACUGCUUCCACGGACACCAGUUCUCCAAGUUCGACCCGAAGACCGGCGAGGUGCACGGGAGGUACCCCAAAGAGGCCCGCGACUACUUCAUGAGGUGCUCCAAGUUCAGGGAAAACGGCGACCACCUGGAGAGAGAGCGCUGCAGCCGCGUUCACCUGGACGCCAUCACUUCUGACGAUGCCGGGAACAUUUACGCAUUCAGAGGCCACCAUUUUAUCCGUAAAGACAACAAUGACACGCUGACCUCAAACACCACCGAGAGCGCCUUCAAGGAGCUGCACAGCGAGGUUGACGCAGUUUUCUCCUACCAGGACCAUCUCUACAUGAUCAAGGACAACCAAUUGUUCGUUUACAAAGUCGGCGAGCCUCACACCCACCUCGCCGGUUACCCCAAGCCUGUGAAAGCAGAGCUGGGCAUCGAGGGCCCCAUCAACGCCGCCUUCGUCUGCCAAGAUCAUCACAUUGUUCACAUCAUCAAAGGUACGGACAUCUACGACGUGAACCUGAGCGUCACCCCCCGCGUCCCCACCAACAAGCGCCCCAUCUCCGUCCUGAGGAAGGUGGACGCCGCCAUGUGCGGCCCCGACGGAGUCAAGGUGAUCCGGGGAAGCCACUUCUACCACUUCGAGAGCGUCAUGCAGUUCGUCGUCGCCAGGGCUCUGCCCGAGCAGCACCGAGUGUCUCUGGAGCUGUUCGGCUGCGACCACUGAGCCGCUUUCUGGGAAAGGACUGAGCGGACGCCGCGGGGCGUCACAUGCAGCGGAACAUGAAAAAAACAAAACAAAACAAAAAACCAUACAGGUACUUACAACAUCCGGCGGGCGAGAGACGACACGGUCUUUGCACGCAACUUGCUUCCCUUCUGUGUUUUACCUCGAAAAUAAACCUCGACGUUUCUUAA